AUGGAGCCCGACCUCUCCGCCUCCAUCACCCACCACCCGCACCCUUUCAACCUCCACCACCACGUCUCCAAUGUCUCGCGCUCCAGCAACCACACCCCGAUGUCUGGCGCCCGGUCUACCCAUGCGAACGACAAUGCCAAAGUCGCCGCGAGCACUGCCCUCGAGGCCGAGCAGGUAGGCGGCGAGCAGGAGGGCGCACACGCCCGCCACCCUCCACACCACGAGGACAUUGAGAACCAGAAGGCGGGCGGGCGCCUCCCCCGCUACUCUGCCGAGAGCGACCCUUACGGCCUGUCAGCAGGGUACAAGACCGCCGAUGAGCUGGAGAAGAUCAAGGCCAACAUCUCUAGGAAGCGUGACGGCCGGCCCUCCUCCUCCUCCAACGCCGCCGGCGCCAGCAUCACCAGCAGCACCUCGUCCCCCGCCCCCAGCGUCAGGCGCGCCACGUCCAGCCUCCUGCCCGGCUUUGGCCGCAGGGCCGUCCAGUCCCGCCGCGUCCAGGGCUUCUACAACCGCCAGAACGAGACCAUCGAGCGCAUGCUCAAGUCCGUCGACCAGCACGUCGCAGAGGCCAGGCAGGAGCAGGGCGAGGACCAGCUCAAGUUCAAGAUCGCCGUCUGGGGCUCCUUCGUCGCCAACGUCGUCCUGGCCGCCCUGCAGGUCUACGGCGCCAUCUCGUCCAGCUCCCUCUCGCUGUUCACCACCAUGGCCGACGCCAUCUUCGACCCCCUCAGCAACGUCACCCUGAUCUUCGCCAACCGCGCCGUCCGCCGCGUCGACCCCGCCCGCUUCCCCUCGGGCAAGGCCCGUCUCGAGACCGUCGGGAACAUCACCUUUUGUUUCCUCAUGACCGCCGUCUCCUUCAUCCUCAUCGCCUUCUCCGCCCGCGAGCUGGCCGACCGCGAGGGCGAGGCCGGGGUUAACCGCUUCCACCUCCCCUCCGUCAUCGCCGUCAGCGUCGCCUUCGCCACAAAGCUCGCCCUGUUCCUCUACACCUGGGCCCUCAAGGACCGCUACUCGCAGAUCCUCAUCCUCUGGCAGGACCACCGCAACGACCUGCUCAUCAACGGCUUCGGCAUCCUCACCUCGGUCGGCGGCUCCAAGCUCAUCUGGUGGAUCGACCCGGCCGGCGCCAUCGUCAUAUCCGUCAUCAUCAGCUUCGCCUGGCUGCGCACCGCCUUCACCGAGUUCCUCCUGCUCGUCGGCGUCGUCGCCUCCGUCGAGACCCAGCAGCUCAUCACCUACGUCUGCUGCACCCACAGCCCCGCCAUCCGCCAGAUCGACACCGUCCGCGUCUACCACUCCGGCCCGCGCCUCAUCGCAGAGGUCGACGUCGUCAUGGACCCCAACGAAUCGCUGCAGGAGACCCACGACGUCGCCGAGGACCUCCAGUUCAAGCUCGAGAGCCUGCCCGACGUGGAGAGGGCUUAUGUGCAUGUUGACUAUGAGACGGAUCACAAGCCUGAGCAUUUCUUCAAGAAGGAUCUUUAA